GACCGUGUCACAGAAGUCCCUGUCCAUACGGCUUUCUUUCAGAUUCCGCCGUGGCUGCGCGGUUCUUCGCCUUCAGGUUCUUCACACUCUGUCUUCGAAUAGCUCGAGUCCGAUCGAUAAACCGCGCGCACAAUAUCGUUCCAUCCUUUCGCUUUGGGCAAGUUCCGUUCCCCAUAAUCUCGCAAUGUCUCCGACACCCCCGUCUACAACGUCGUCCAGCGCUGGCGCAUUUUCUCCGGAAGGGCAGUUCAGGGUUAUCAGGAAGAGGAACCGGGUGCCUCUCUCUUGUGGACCCUGCCGGCAUAGGAAGCUGAAAUGCAACCGUUCGCACCCGUGUGAGAACUGUGUCAAGCGGGGCGAUGCGGCAUCAUGCUCGUACGCCCAGGUCAACGUGCGAAAGAAGAACACCCCCCAACAGACCGCUUCGAGCUCUCCAGACGAUAUGCAAAACAGGAUCGACCGACUAGAAAGCCUAGUCCUAUCCUUGAUGACUAACGGGUCCCAGGCCGCGGGUCCUGCCGCGGCCAUGGCUGCCCUCUCUGGCAACAGCAGCAACACUGGUUCGGUGCCACAUACAGGCGACCUGGACCUGGAUCUCGAAGAUGAAUCGCCCAACGGCCCGGAGGAGAGCGACACGGAGCAAGUGACCAAGUCGUUUGGUAUCAUGAAAGUCGACAACAACAAAUCCCUGUAUUUCAGCGAGGCGCACUGGGCCACAGUCAUGAACGACAUCGCAGAAGUCCGCAACUUCUUCCAGACACACAAGAAACAGUAUGAGGAACAGGCUGAAAAGUUGAAGAGCACCAAGCUCCCAACCGACGUUCCGGGCUCGGCAUUGUUGUUUGGUGCCACGAAGCCUCUAAGCCGAGCCGAAAUCAUGUCUUCUUUCCCCUCCAAGUAUACAACAGAUAUGUUGAUUGCGCGCUACUUUAGCUCCUACGACCCCUCAACUCACGUCCUUCAUGGACCUACUUUUCAGGCACAGUAUAACAAACAUUGGGAAGAUCCUUCCCAGACUUGUACUGUUUGGAUCGCCAUGCUUUUUGCCAUGAUGCGACUGGCAAUGCUGUCAUAUCAUCGCGAUGGAGAUGAACCUCCCGAGUUCCGGGGGAAGUCCUUGGAUAUGGCCGGCACGUUCAGAAACCUGGUGGCGCAGUGUCUUACCUUGGCCGACUUCACCAAAUCGUAUCCCAACCUGAUCGAAAGCUUGAUCUUCCACCUUCAUGGAGAUCUCUGUCAAACAAGGGAAGCGGAUGUGUCGGUGUGGGUGCUCGUAGGGGUGAUCGUGAGACUGGCCAUGAGGAUGGGGUAUCAUCGCGAUUCGAAGAUGUUCCCCAACAUCACACCGUUCCAAGGUGAGAUACGCCGUCGCGUGUGGACAUUCGUGCGGCAGGCGGACCUGCUGUGCUCGUUUCAAAUCGGACUACCGAGCAUGAUCCGUACCACCGACAGUGAUACGGAUUUGCCGCGGAAUCUCUACGACGACGAUUUCGACGAGACCUGCCAAGAGCUCCCUCCAUCACGCCCCCCGAACGAACCUACCCCGAUCUCUUAUCUGAUUGCGAAAUCACGCCUCACGUUUGCUUUCGGCGGGGUCAUGGAGUCGACCUCUUCCCUGCUGCCACCCACAUCUUACGACAGAAUCAUGGAGCUGGAUGCCGAGCUUCGCCGGGCCAGGGACUUGAUCCCUGAACACCUCCUCAUCCGACCCAUGGAAGACUGCCCGUUAGAUUCCCCGAACCUCAUACUAUCGCGAUUUGCAGUUGUGAGUGUGUACCACAAAGCUCAGUGUGUGCUCCAUCGGAGGUUCCUUAUCCAGGCGCGUGAGAAUCCUCGUUUUACGUACUCGAGAAGGACGUGCAUUGAUUCCGCGAUGGAGCUGCUGCGGUAUCAGUCAUUACUCCACACGGAAACUCGACCCACUGGCCGUCUACGAAGCCGGCACAAUCGGGUGACCUCGCUUGGCUCUACCGACUAUCUCCUUGCCGCAACUAUCAUCUGCCUCGACCUAUUCCAUGGACAACGGCUCCAGGCGGCGGGCAGAACGUCCAGUGACUCAUACGCCUGGGGUAGAGAGCGGCGAGAUGAGAUGCUCGCGGCUCUGCAGCGAACCAAGGAGAUAUGGGAGGAGCUCCGGGACGAGACGAUGGAGGCCUGGAAGGCGGGAGGAGCCCUGGGGGUGAUGCUUGCCAAGCUCAACUUGGGACACCCUGAAAACAAUACUGCCGCGGCGGCAUUUGAGCCACAGGAUGAGAAGCAAAGCGCGGCAAUGACACUCGGUCUUCUCAGCAGCGGGAUGAGCCCGAUGAAUCCCGGCCAUCAGCCCCUUGGUGACAUCUCGUUCAAGAUGCCCGAUGCGCCUUUGCCAGCACAAGGAGCAUUCGGCCCGACAGCGGACAUGACAGGGGCGCCUUCUCCGUUCAGCACCAUGUUUGGCCAGAUGCCUGACAUGCAGCUCAAUCUGGACUGGGACGCCUGGGAUACCUACAUUCAGAGCUCAACGCUGGACGCUUCGUCGCAAUGGUGGCCAUCCGGAGAACUGCAGCAACCGCAGGGUCAAAACCCCCUGUCUCCUCCCCAACUGCCAGUGGUCCAACCUGGACCUGCCGACAGAAUGCGCUCUUUGCCCCGUGGUCCCAACAUGUUCUCUCCGGAGACCAGUGGCUACGAUAGCAGUCCACUGGCGACCUACCCUGUCAACCCACCCCAACAUCCCGGGAAUCCGGUGACGGGGCAAGGGACGUGACGUGCCCUUGGCAUUGACCGGACACGCAGUAUAUGAAAUGAAUGGGUAAAAGUUAAUGUGCAGGUUUAGUUUCUUUCUGAAGUGCUCGUUGUAACCGCCUAUCUCCGCUCACAGGAGACGUGUUUUCACAGUAUAUAUUUAAGGAGUUGGUGUCUGAAAUGGGGGAGAUGUACAGUUGUUAUCAUUAUCGACUCUCUGUCCGGUCAGGAACAAUGUAUGUAAAAUAGUGGAAGUCAUGAUUACCAGUUGCGCCGAGUA